AUGUUGCUGAGACUCCUGCUGUUGAUCUGUGCUUCACUCUGUGAACGAAUUGAGUUGUUUCUGAAACCCAGUCCCUCUUCGCCCAUAGAAGGAAACUCAAUGACCCUGACAUGUGAGUUUCAACGCCCUCCACAGGCAUCAGAUAUCCAGUUUCAGUUCUGCUUCUUCAGAGAUGGCGAAACCUUGGGAUCAGCCUGGAACAGUGUCCCAGAACUCCAGCUUCUCCCCAUGUGGACUGAAGACUCAGGAUUUUAUUGGUGUGAGGCAAAGACAGUGAAAACCAGAAUUACACGGAGCAGGAUGAUACAGAUAAACGUGCAGAGGGUCCCUGUCUCUGAUGUGAGCUUGGAGGCACAGCCCUCAGGGGGACAGGUGGUGGAAGGAAAGAAGCUGGUCUUUGUCUGCUCAGUUGCUAAGGGCACAGGAAACAUCACUUUCAUCUGGUACAAAGGGACCAUUGGUUUAAAACUGGGUACAAAGACCCAGCGUUCCUCAACUGCAGAGUUUGAGAUCCUUAUGGCGAGGGAGAGUGACACUGAACAAUAUUACUGUGCAGCUGAAAAUGGCUAUGGCCCCAGAAUCAGUGGGCUGGUGAGCAUCACUGUCAGAAUUCCAGUGUCUCAUCCAGUCCUCAUCUUAAGGACUACUGGGGCUCAGGCCAUGGUGGGGGACAUGGUGGAGCUUCACUGUGAGACCCCAAAAGGCUCUCCUCCGAUCCUGUACCAGUUUUACCAUAAGGACGUCAUCCUGGAAAGCAGUUGGGCCUCUCUUAGAGGAGGAGUAUCCUUCAACUUGUCUCUGACAAUAGAACAUUCUGGAAAUUAUUUCUGCAAGGCUAGCAAUGACCUGGGAAUGAAACGUAGUGAGAUUGUGUCACUCAACAUCACAGUGCCUACCGAGAACAGAAUGGAACUUCUGACUUCAGGAGUCAUUAAGGGGCUGCUUGGCAUCCUUGUUCCCUCUACUAUGGUCUUACUGUUUUGUUACUGGCUCAAGAGAAAAACAGGAAGAAGAUCAGCAAGGGAUCCACUCAGGAGCCCUCCUAGUCCUCUACCUCAAGAAGCUAUGUAUCUCAACUCAUCGACCUCAGUGCCUCCACAUUCUAUGUAUGAAAAUGUGAAUGUUGUAAGUGGGGAUGAUGUUUAUUCACUGGUGUACUCUACCCAGCAGGAACAGAAAUCAACAGCAGGUGAGACAUGGGGAGUAAAUUUGUGUCUAACUUUGUCUAUCAUAGAAACAUUGAAGAAUCAACGGUUGUGCAUAGCAGAACUACUGCUUCUGCUUUUGGAGCUGACUAUGAGCAUUGCAGACUCUUGGUGUGGCACUGUCUCCAUCUAUUCUAAGCUGAAGAAAGCACCUGUUACAGAUGUGGACUAUGAAAAUGAUAUGUAA